ACCUGUCCUCAUGUUUCCUGCCACCUCCCCCUCAAACGUUCCUAUGGGCGACUCCCCCGUUCCCCACCGCCAUCCGCCUUCGCCGCAUUCCGGCAAGCGGCAGCGCCGCCCCAACGUCCGCCUCGCCGGCUCCAUGCCCUUUCCCUCGCACCUCCCUCACCCUCGUCGCAUCCCCAUUAUCCCCGCCUCUAGGCCCCGCAACCGCAAACCCCGCGACCAUAACCCCUCGGCGGCAGAAACCCCAACACACUCGAACCCCACCGCCUCCGACGACCUCGUCCUCGCCGCUGCCUUCCCCCGCAAGACAAGGGUUCUGGAGGGGGAGGAGGAGGUGGAGGAGAGCGAGGAGGGAGAGGUGGUCGACGUGGCGGAGUGGCUGUGGGGUAUGGGGAUGGGGCGGUACGUUGCGGCGUUCGAAGCGCACGAGGUGGAUGGCGAGGUGCUGCCCUGCCUCACCAUGGACGACCUCCGGGACAUGGGUAUCGGCGCUGUCGGGGCACGGCGCAAGCUCUUCCACGCCAUCCAGAGCCUGCAGCAGCCUCCACUCCCGCCUCCGCCACCAAGGAGCACCAUUGUCGCGGGAGUGUGGGCGUACCUAAGGAGGCAAGAGUUGGGCAUAAAGGCAAAGCAUGUGGAGACAAGCCAACUGACAAUGAUGCUACCACCAGUCAAGACCAUUUUGAAGCCGUGUUUUCGAGGUUCCAUGUAUGCCUCAUGUGAGGCACUUCCCAAUGGUGUGGAGGAGUUCCCUCAGGCCUUACUUUUGUAAGGCUUUUUACCUUGCAGCUUUCUGAAACUUUAAGCAACAUAAGUCAAACUUGUAAAAUUUUCUUGUGCCAAGGCUCAAAUGCUGAACUUAGAAAUGGCCAGUGAUGUUGAAAUGAUACAUUCAGUUAUAUGUUGAAAUUUGGAUCGUGCGCAUUAAUUCAGUAGUGCGAGUUCUAUCA